AUGGCCAAAAUGAAGUUUCAUGUGGAUUCUGAGCAAAACCCAACCAAGCUGGGUUUAGGGAUGUACAGUAAAGAGGAAGAAUACGUUGAUUUUAGUGAGCCAUGCGAUUGCAGCGGGCAGGUGGAGUGCUGGCUGAACCGUGUGUUGGAUUGCAUGCGGGCCACUGUGAGGCAUGAGAUGACAGAGGCUGUGGUGGCUUAUGAGGAAAAGGCAAGGGAACAGUGGCUGUUUGACUAUCCUGCCCAGGUGGCACUGACUUGUACACAAAUCUGGUGGAGCACAGAGGUAGGGAUUGCCUUUGCCAGGCUGGAAGAAGGCUAUGAAAAUGCCAUGAAGGACUGUUAUAAGAAACAGGUGACACAGCUCAACACCCUGAUCACAAUGCUGAUUGGACAUCUUUCUAAGGGUGACAGGCAGAAGAUCAUGACCAUCUGCACCAUUGAUGUGCACGCUCGAGAUGUGGUGGCGAAGAUGAUUGCCCAAAAGGUGGACAAUGCACAAGUCUUUCUUUGGCUAUCACAACUCCGACACAGAUGGGCAGAAGAAGAAAAACACUGUUACGCAAAUAUUUGUGAUGCCCAGUUUCUAUAUUCUUACGAAUACCUUGGCAACACACCACGACUAGUUAUCACUCCUCUAACAGACAGAUGUUAUAUCACUCUCACGCAAUCAUUGCACCUAACAAUGAGUGGGGCACCUGCAGGGCCAGCUGGUACUGGGAAAACCGAGACUACCAAAGACCUGGGCCGAGCUCUUGGCAUCAUGGUAUAUGUGUUCAACUGUUCAGAGCAAAUGGAUUAUAAG